AUGCGAAACAAGCUCAAACGGGGCAGAAACUGUAAGGAUACACCCUGCCAAAGCAAAGACCAAAUACAAACCACCGAGGUAAUAUCUUUAGUGUUAUCGGAGUCGAGCUGCUCCUUUGAUAAAACAUCACCAGAGGGAGGUUCAGCCUCGCUGGCUGCAAAAGACAAAAAUGGCUCUAAUACCUCUGCUGCUGCUGGGAUCUCCCAACGAGUUCAACCACUGCAAGAAAAGAAGAAGCAGACGUGCUGCGCAAAAGGCAUUAAAAUUGCGCCCAUUUUCUUACGGCAGAGCGAGAGUAAAAGGAGCAGUAAUGGUAAGCUGUAUCAGCCUGUAGAGAAGCCGCAGAAACCAGUUCCUCCUCAGAGGGAUGAUUUGCGAAGGGUGAAAAGUCAACGUCGGUUAUCAGUAUCUACAGUAUCUCACCUGACAGAGAAAGAGGGAAUUAUUCUGUCUUCCUGGAGAGGACGGUUGUCACCCUCAUCUCUGCACAGCUGUCUGGAAGAAAUCAAAACAUCUAAUCCAGUAUUUCCAGUUCACACAGUGUUCAGCAAGCUGCAGAGGAAAGCAAGUGAAAAACUGCGGGAUUUUGGAUCCACAGGUGAGACUGAGCAAGAGUCUGUUAAUAGCCUGUCCAAAGCAGAAAACUCCCUGCAGAACCACCUCAAAGAGAAGAGGAAACGAGGAGAUGAAAACUCUGAGGGGGUGCCCAAGCGUCUGAGGUGUAGUCUCACUGGGGAGGAUGCCAUUGGUGUGGAUCAAUUUCACCUUUUAGCACAGGGUGGCCAGGAAAGUACAGUCAUCUCUGUGAAGGAGCAGCCUAGGAGCAGAAAGCUGAGUCGCAGUCACAGGUUGAGGGAGCGAAGCGGGAGCAUAGCGGGCCUGGUGAACAACUGUGAGCCAAACUCUGAAUGGAGAAAUGACACAGAAUCUGAUGGCAAGCCACCCAUAACCUUUGAUAUUCUUCACAGAGAAUCCAGUUUUGAGGAUGUUCUCUGGACAGACAAGUACAGUCCUCAGCAUUCAAGUGAAGUCAUCGGCAACUCUGUCUCAGUGAACAAACUUCACAGUUGGUUGAAGAAAUGGAAACUAAGAGCUGACUCUGACGAGAGGAGAAAAAUGGAGGAAAGGAAAGAUGAAGAUAACAGCAAUGACUCGUGGGACUGUGGAGACUUCCAAGGUGAGGCUGGGGCAGAGGGCAACAGAGAGGAUCCGCUAUGUAACACCGUGCUGAUAACAGGACCUCCAGGUGUGGGGAAGACUGCCUCAGUGUAUGCCUGCGCUCAGGAGCUUGGCUUCAAGGUGUUUGAGGUGAACUGCUCCUCACAGCGCAGUGGCCGCCACGUUCUGUCCCAGCUCAAGGAGGCUACCCAGUCCCACCUAGUGGAAAUGUCGGGCAAGGACCCACUGAAACCAGCUUACCUCAACAACUACAAUACCAGCAGCUGCACUCCUAAAACUGAGACUUUACCUGGAAAAACAGUGCAUCCUAAAAAUGUCAUCUCUACCACAAAAAGGAGGACAGCACAGAACUUUGGCCGCUCUAGUCGCAGAGGAAAAGCUAAUCCAGCCACAGUCACUUUGGCCAACUACUUUAAGAUGAAGGCCAAAGCAGAUCACUUACACUUUGGUGGCCUGUCGCCAUCUGAGAAACUAGACGGGGAGAAAUUGGGCAGCCCAUCAGCAGGCUGUGAUCAAGCAGUGCCACAGAGUAAAAAGACAGCCACAUCACUCAUUCUGUUUGAAGAGGUUGAUGUCAUAUUCAGCGAUGAUGUUGGUUUCCUCGCAGCCAUCAAAACUUUCAUGACAACCACUAAAAGGCCAGUCAUUCUGACCGCCAAUGAUCCUUUAUUCAGAGAGAGAUUCAACUGCAGCUUGGAGGAAAUCAUUUUCAAAACCCCAAUAGCGGUGGAUGUCUGUAGCUACCUGCAGCUGGUGUGUUUGGCUGAGAAUGUGCAACUGGAGUUGGAUGAUGUUAGCAGCCUCCUCACACUCACCUGUGGAGACAUCAGGCGCUGUCUGCUGCAGCUGCAGCUCUGGGUGCACGGUGGUGGAGGAAGGGCAUCUCAGAGUGGAGGCUUGCUUAAGGAGCCUACUCGUGUACAGUACUCAAAUGAUGCUGAAGGGGUAAACAAUUUAGACUCCAGUCUUCCUCCAUGUGACACAGGCUGCUCUGCCAGCAUGCUCGGUCUCCAUCCUGUCACCCAAAACCAACUGUUGAACCUUUUAAAGUGUCAGCGCUGGUCUGAAACAGACACGAACAAACUCCUGAGGCUCCUAGCAGAGAGCUGGAGAGGAGGUGUUCCUCUUCUCUACACCAACCUGGAGCUCCUUCUACCCAUCGGCGCCAAGGGAACUUCAGUCCAUUACCUGGACAAGGGGGCUCGUUCAAGACUCCCCAGUUCAAGUAACAAGACUGAACAAAAAUCAGCCCAAGUGGCAACUGACUGUUUAGAUGCCCUGACUGACUUCUUUGACCUCAUGUCGUACCUUGAUGCCACUCUGCCAGCUGCUGCAAAGCUUGUUUCAGGCUCAUGCAGCCCUGAGGCGUUUGUCUGGACAGGGGCGGAUAUAAAGGACGGCUUGUUGGAUGAGAUGAGUGAGGAGGGGGGCUGGAGCUGGAGCCAGGAGAGGCUGUCGGAUAUUCAGGCUGCUGCUGAAGGCUUGGGCUUUCACAGAUGCUGGUGGCGGGUGUCUGAGGUGAGGACUGAAGCCCAAAAAUACAGCCAGGAACUGGAGGACAAAGAGCGGGAGAGGCUGGUGGAGAAACUGAUGUUCCCCGCUGCUUCCAAAAGACAGAGCCUCAGAUUUAGUUUCCAUCCUCUGUGUGCACCAAUCGUGUCCCAAAGACAGUACAAGCUGAGCAGGACGGUGCUCAGCAGUAAAUCCUUCAGCCUGCUGGGAAACAGACAAGCUGUCAGUGUUGACUACAUGCCGGUCCUCCGCUCCAUCUGUCGCUUUCAUACAGCGCAGCAACUGAAAGAGGAGUCAGUCAGGUGUCUGAACUACCUCAGCAACAUACACCUGGACCUAUCAAAGUCAACUUUUCAACUCCUGGCAGAAGAUUUCUCUUAGAGAAAAGUCUGGACUACCACACCUUAUUCCUGUCAGUAUUUAUUUUACUAUGCAUCCAUUUUAGUGAACUCUUUUUCAAAUGAAUUUUACUCACUUGAGCUGUGAAAUCAGGUUUUAUUUACAUAUAAGUGCAACCAUGAAGAAUCAAUAAAAAUUAUA